AUGGCGACAACCUGUCAAGUUCUGAACCAUCCGUAUAUGGAAUUUGUCACUAAACUUGUGGCAAUUCGUUUCAUCAGCGCUCACCAGGUCAACAGUUGGGUCUCUGCUGCUGGUUUUGGAGUGAAAUCUAUUAGUUCCGUACGACUAGGAUCAGAUGCAUUGGAUGGGACAGCUAGACUGAUGAAGCCAGAAGUGUCUGAUUAUGUGGACCAGUAUGUCCGAGCAGUUUAUGAUUUCAGCUCAACCCAGAGAGGGGAGGUAACCCUCACCAAAGGGGAGAUAAUUCGAGUGUCAUCAGUGAUUGACAGUAAUUGGCUUAAAGGGAAAAAAGGGAACAAGGAGGGGAAUUUCCCUGUGAGUUUUGUGGAGAAAGUUUCCCUUCCUGCUGUACAACUAGGACAGAAAGUGUUUGGGGCUACAGAAAAUUUCCCCUCACAACAGGAAGGUGACCUGCAUUUCACAAAAGGUGCAGUGGUGGUUGGUUUACGUCGUAUAGACGACAAUUGGUGGGAGGGUAAAUCUGGAGUUUAUCAUGGAAUUUUCCCAUUGACACAUGUAAUGGAAUUAGAGGUGCCAUCCUGUCUUCGGGAGAGAUCCAAGAGUGUACAUUCAUCUGAGCCUAUGUUUGCCAGGGCCAUGAGGGACUCAAAAGCCCAGCUGGACGGAGAGCUAGGGUUCCAGGUUGGGGAUAUGAUCACCAUCACUGAGGUAGUUGAUGAAGACUGGUACAUUGGAGAACUUAGUGGCCGUACGGGGAUGUUUCUGGCGUCUUGUGUGGAGCUAUUACAAGACACCCAUAACCAGGACAGUCAAGAUGACCAUGGACAAAUAGACACGCACCAGGUCUCCUCCAGUCUAGUGGAGAUAAACAAUACACAGAGUGUAUCUUAUCACACCAGUACCUCCAGUGAUGCAAACUCUACUCAUCAAACUUCAGACUCUGUGUCAGAUGUGGCCCUGUGUUCACGUUCAACCUCACACAACGCUGACAUCACACCAUACGCUCGCACCCUUUAUCCCUUUGUUGGUCAAUCUGAAGAUGAAUUAACGUUUCAUGGAAAUGAGAUGGUGUAUCUCAUACAACAUGUAGAUGAUCAGUGGAUUGAAGGAGAAUUGGACGGCAAAUCUGGACUAUUUCCGGCAUCCUUUGUGUCUAUAAUUGUUGAUUGCCCUUAUGUAUCUGAUUCAGUACCUGCAAACAUAUCAUCUGUUAACCAAACAAUGUCAGAGGACAGUACAGGACCACUACUUAAGGCUAGUAGUGUUAGUAUUAAUGAAGUGACUAAGUUUAGUAAUACUGAUUCAAGUGUCGGCUGUUAUGGGCUGGUCAAGUUCACAUUUGUUGGAGAAAAUAGUGGAGAUCUCAGUGUCAUGGAGGGAGACACUAUCCAUAUUAUAAGAUUUAUAGAUGAUAAUUGGGUUAUGGCCCAAGAUGACAGAGGCAAGGAAGGGAUCUGUCCAAAAAACUUUGUAGAGAUAUUUAAGGAAAGUCCAGAUAUCCCGCCACAAGGAAACUCAGAGCAAAUCAAGCGAGAUGUUGGUGAAGAUACAUCUAAACAUUAUGAAAUAUCAAAAAUAAAAAAUAUUGAUAGAUCAAAACCACCAAUGAAACCCUUGGUGUCCCCAAAGCCGACUCUGAAACCCAAACCUGCAUUACUUCCGAAACCUUCACUAAAGCCUAUGGGUCCGUUAAAGGCUACCCUUUCACCAUCACAAACUUUGGAUGGCAGUAUCCAGAGAUCUCCAUCCUCUCCUGUUCUACAGAGUGUUGUGGUCCCAGAUUCAAACUCCAAACCUAAAUCUUCAUCUUCGUGUGAACUAGAUAGGAUAGGACUGGUUCAGCCUGCAAUAAUUACAGAGACACCCCACAUCAACAAAAACCUUGAUUCUUUGAUUACUAGUGAGAUGGAAAAAGCAAUGGAAGAGACUCGUUCUCGAAGCUCUAGUACUCACAGUACAACCUCCUCUGGAUCAAGUGUUGGUUCUCGAGAGACUGAAAGCCAGGGGUCAGCAUCUGUUCCUGUUCGAGUAAAACGUCCCCCUCCACCCAGCCAUAUGUCUGCCAGUCAAUACAGACAUUCAGUAAACUUUCCAGUGACCUUUGACUCCACUAACACUUCACAAUCACGUCUCAGUAGACAAGGCAGUCUAGCCACUUCCUCAGGCCUGAAUAGCACUAAUCAGAUCAGCGUUGGGAACUCCACUUUCUUCACAGAUGCCUUGAUCCCAGAUCACAAAUUUCCAGUUCCAAGAAGACCUCCUCCAUCACCACAAAGGAUGGGUUCAGUUGAUACACUUGAACGAAAGUUAUCCUUAAAAAAACCACCUCCACCCCGCCCAACAGUGCCCAGGGGCAGUGUUUGGGACACCUGCACCCCUCAGAACAUACCUAACAAGACCCUCCCUCACAGAUCUGCACCCUGCCCUCCCAAAAAUGUGCGUGUUCCAUCCCGCCCUGCCCCACCUACCCCAUCUCAGAUAGUUUCUCCUCCAAAACGACCACCUCCAAGGAGACCCUUGUCAGAGGAGGCCAUUGAAAAGUAUGAAGCCAAUGCAGAGGUCAUUCGAGAUUUACGUAACAGGAUACAGGAAGCAGAGAAGGACUUGGAGAACUGUCGGAAGUGUAAAGGAGAGUUAGAACACAUGUUGACCAACAGUCGAGAAGAAGAUCGUGCAGAAGUGUAUGACAAUGUUGAAUUUUAUGAGGAAAACAUCAAAGGUCUUACUGAGGAGUUACAAAACUUGAGGGAAACUCUACAGAGAAUGUCUCCAGAGGAAGUUGAUGCUGUUGAACAACAGAUCGUAGAUGAGAAACGCAGACAAGAAGAGGAGAAACAACAAUUAGAGGAAAAGAAAAGGCAGGAAGAAAUGAUUAAAAAAAGAAAAGAAAAACGAUCAAAAGUGAUUGAGGAGUUGUUGCAGACAGAAAAAGACCAUCUACAAAGUCUGCAUUUAUGUAUGGAGACUUUUCUCAAUCCUCUGUCAGAAAAGCAUCCUGAUGUGGAUAUUGAGAUAAUGUUUGGAAACAUGGAGGAGAUUGCAGAGGUGUCCCAGCGUCUCCUGACAUUGAUGGAGGAGGCUGUCUAUACUAGAGAGUUUCAGGAUCAAGUUAUAGGUCCCUGCUUCAUCACUGUAGCAGAAGAUAUGAAGAAUGUUUAUGCACCCUACUGUCGUAACCAUGAUGAUGUUAUCAUGGUCCUGGAGAAGUAUCAUGCCAACCAAUCUAUAAAUGAAUACUUUGAAAGAAUGCUGGAGAUAAUGCGAGUACAGACAGUUGUGUUUGAUGUGGAGGCGCUUCUUAUUAAGCCAGUUCAGCGUAUCCUCAAAUAUCCCCUCUUGCUCAACGAACUUGCUAAGACAACAGAAGAAAAUCACAAAGAUAAGUUAGAACUACUCAACGCCAUCAACAGCAUGACAGAUGUUGCGACUGCUAUCAACGAGUACAAACGCAGGAAAGAUUUAGUUUAUAAGUAUAAGAAAGUCACAGAUGAAACCCUUGGGGACAAACUAGCUAAACUCAGUCUCCACUCAUUGAGGAAAAAGGGAAGUCGCUUUAAGGGUCGAUUAUCAACCUCAAUAGGACUGUCACCACAGACUAAGGAUGAUGCUUUUGACAAGGAGGAGAGUCGUUUCAGAUUGUUGGAGAAAACAGUGAAGAUUUUCGUACGAGAUAUUCAGGUGUACAUGGAGCAAGUUCAGGAAUCUGUACGUUGUCAUCAGUGUGUGGUAGUAGAUGUAGAGGACUUCUAUGAAGACAUCCCAAAUGUUGUGAUGAUAGAGAAAUACAAACACGUACACAGUCUCAUUGAUAGCCAGUUCCUGCCUGAAUUUGUUGAAAGUGUAACAGAUCAAGUGAUCUGUCCUUUGGAGCGACUGGUUCAGUUUUUCCUGGCACCAAACAAAGUAAUACAGAAACGAUAUGACAAGUUAUUGGACUACGACUCCAUGUUACGCAAGUCAAAGGAUGACAAGUCACUUGAAAAGGCACUAGGGAUGACAAAAAAAGACUAUGCGGCGAUGAAUGCCCAGCUGUUGGAUGAGUUACCUUCCCUAUACAGUCUGGCUUUAAGCCUGCUCCAGGACUGUGUGUCAGCAUUUGUCAGUGCCCAGCAAGCUUAUACUGAUGCCAUUCUACACAGGAUGUCAGAACUGCUUGAUUUAUCCUCGUUGCUGUGUACAGAGAAUAGUGUGAUGGAUGUUUUCAACCAUAAACAUGUCUCCAUGAUGGAUAGAAUGUCUUUACUCUCCUUUGUCCCGAAGGGCUUCAACCCUCGUAUGGAUCUUAUCAAACAGGACAAAAAAGCCAAACGACAGUCAGUAGACGAAUAUUGGGGUCAGUCUGACAGUCAGAGGAUGUACGUUAUACAAAAGUAUCCUCUGGACAAACUGUAUAUGGUGGAUGAAAGAUACACCCCUACAGACAUGAUGGAUAUACCACUGAUGGCCGGAGUUCUAGUAGGGGUUGUCAUGGAGAAGGACCCAAUGGGCAGCAAGGAUCGCUGGUUUGUCGACAAUGGCACAUCUAAAGGUUUCGUACCAAGAAAUAUUCUGAAAUUAUACCAGUCUGGCCUGCCUCCUCAGAUGUCAUCAACAACCCCACUGUCUUAUUCUCCACCUCCUACACCUACCGCGGUGCUAGAGCCAGUGCCUGUUGGAGGGCCAGCAGCAGACAAUGUACAGGACGAUGAAUUUGACUUUGCACUUGAGGAAGACAUGAGUCCAGAAAUCACUGAGGAGAUCAAUAUUUCUGCUGCUAGUGGUUCUGAGGAGUUUUACUUUGCAGAGUUUGGAUUUGAGGCAAGAACUGCAACAGAAGUGUCUUUGUUCGAGGGUCAGGUGGUAACAGUGCUUGCAAAGCAUGACCAGGAGGGGAACACAGAAUGGUGGUAUGUCGAUGCUGAUGGACUGAAGGGAUAUACACCAUCCAUCUACCUCAAAUCCAUGAGCUGACUCAAGAUCAUAGUAGUCAAGGUUAUAUA